UAGAGUCUGUCGUUUUCUUGAAUUUUUCUUAUCCUAUUACCCGCAUGCAAUUUCAUCAUCCAUGUCGACUAUUUAUAUAAACCCUCACCCUUAACCUUUCUUGUAAUAAUAAUCCAACAAGAAUCUCUCUCUCUCUUUCCUUCUCUCUCUCUUUCUCUCUCCAAACCAAGCUACAUAUAUAUCUUUGUUUUGAGAGUUGUAUUAAUCCAUGGAUGUAAAAGGAAGAAACAACAACAACAACAACGUUGUUAUGAGUAGUGAAGAUGAUGAGAUGGACCUUAGAAGAGGUCCAUGGACGGUGGAUGAGGAUCUAACCCUCAUGAAUUACAUUGCUACUCAUGGUGAAGGUCGUUGGAAUACCCUAGCAAACUUAGCAGGUCUUAAACGAACGGGCAAGAGUUGUCGAUUGAGGUGGCUAAACUAUCUUCGUCCUGAUGUUAGACGAGGAAACAUCACACUUGAAGAGCAACUAAUGAUUCUUGAGCUUCAUACUCGUUGGGGUAAUCGAUGGUCAAAAAUAGCACAAUAUUUACCUGGAAGAACAGACAACGAAAUAAAGAAUUAUUGGAGAACUCGUGUGCAAAAGCUAGCCAAACAACUCAAAUGCGACGUGAAUAGCAAGCAAUUCAAAGACACCAUGCGUUAUCUUUGGAUGCCAAGACUAGUAGAGCGCAUUCAGGCCGCAUCAGCCGCCACUUCCACCACCACCAAGGCCGUCGUCAACAAUACUUCAUCCAACUACAUCAACAAUAAUAAUGGCGUAAAAGCUACAAUGGGUUCAACUCCAACAAUUACUUCUAUAAACAAUGAAUUUGUGAGUUCACAACCACAUAUGACACAAGGUUAUACCCUAGAGAACAGUUACACAACCACAUCUUCAGAUUCAUUUGAGAAUAAUAUCUCAACAAUAUCAAAUUUGGGUGAUAAUAAUAAUUAUUGUUACACAAGUUUUGAUAAUAAGGAUAACCCUAAUUUAGAUUAUUAUCAACCUUCUCAUCAACCUAGCUUCUCAGAUUGCAUCACAAGCCCAUCUGGAUUAUUCUCCUCUCAAGAAAUAACUGAUUUCCAAUUCAUGGAGCCAAACACACCAUGGAUACAAAAUGAGGACUCAUCAAACAUUUUUUGGAAUGAUGAAACCAUCUUGUUUUUGGAGCAACAACUCAUGAAUGAUACCAUGUAAAAAUAUAUAUCUUAAAUUGUGGAUUAUAUAUUUUUAUAUUAUAUUAAAUAGAAAAAAUUAGUGUGGGGGAUUUUUUGUUUUAGUUUCAUAAUUUUGAGGUGGUUGUUGAA